AUGGAUGACUUCCUCCUUUUCCUGCUCCUCGUUUGGGCCGUUGGUGUGUUGAGUGGUUGGUGGCUUCGUGGCUGGUGGCUUGGCAGGCCAGUGCAGGCCUUUGACAUCGGCAUUGAGCCGGCUCGCAGAUGGGCUGGUUCACGAGAUCCUGCAUGGGGCGCCUGGCAAACAGCAGUGGGGCAAGUUCCAAGUUUGCGCGUGUUAGCCAACAUUGCCACCAGCGCUUUCAAAGAGACCCUGGCUUUAGUGCGAAUCGCUUCAACCUCAGGUGGAGACCCUCGCGAACUGUCAGUUGUCGAAGCCAUUCAAUUGGCGUUGGUUUGGAGAGUGGCACGUCAAGCCUAUGGCAUGGAGGAUGUGGACCCGCUUGCAGACCUAGGCAGAGGGACAAAGAAGCUCGAGAGCGAUGGGCAGCGCAGCCGACACCUGGACCAUCGUGGUCUUCAUGGAGUCGAAGCUGGCAUCGUGGACGACAUGGACGAGAUGGCGCCGUCACAGCUGGAUCCGCGAAUGCGGAAACUGAGAUUCCUCGAGCUCUUUGCAGGCAUGGGUGGUCUGUCGACAGCCGUGAGAGACUUGGCUGGCGACCUGGUCGAGGUCCUCGAGCCGAAGGACAUCUACGACAAUUGGGACAUUCGACUCUGCUGGGCAUGGGCAACGUCGUUGAGGCAGUGGAUUCACUCCGAGGCUGGACAGCAUUGGCUGGCAUCGAGGACACUGGUUCGAAUAGGAAACGAUGGUCUCAAGCUCCUGUCACUGGCGCGUGUGUGGCAGCAGGAGGGAAUGAAUCGCACAGCAUCUCCUCCUCGACGAGAGGCCAUGGAAACCACAGCUCAACGAAGAGAGAGAGAGAAUGCCGAGGUCAUCGGGGGACUCCGAGACCCCAGAAGAGCAGUGGCCCGAUGCAAGGAACUUCAGCAGGUGGGGCGGCAGAUCCGACAACUUUUGGACCAGUCGCUCACGGACGACAUCCUCACCUGUUUUGAGAAUUCGGUUGAUGAAUGUCCUUUUCCGGAGGGGUUGAUUUGGAAAGCACGCUACAGCUUGACCCGGCACUUUGAAGCUGAGGCCAAGGACGAAGGCUACCAGAGCGACCUUCUCCGACAGUUGUUGACACAGGCCAAAGACCCUGAUGCCACUGUGUUGCCGGCUUGGAUUGAGGACGGCUUCCCCAUCGGAAUCAACCAGCAGAUCACCUACACAGGUGUGUUCCCCAGGUCUGAUGACCUGACCGCAGCGGGCAUCAUGGGAUGGGUCAGCAACCUGGUCCCGGUGGCGAGGCCCUGGACCGCGGCGUUGUGGGGGGCGCUGACGACGGCGUCGCAAGAGGGUGCAUCCAUCCGGUCCACGACGCGUCGCCGGAAGGGGCUGACGUUCUGGAAGCAGGUGUCGUGGGCCAUCACUGGUUUGCAUGCGAUGCUGGUCGUCGGGGCCAAUCGUUCCCACGAGCCAGUGGUAAACCUCUCACCCAUCCUAGAUUCCCCAACUCCUAUUCCUGAGGUCCCAUGUUCGUUGUCGAAGGUGUUUCUUUUCGGAGACCAUUUGCCCCUGUGCGAGUUAUGGACAGAUGCCUGCCCCAGUGGGGUUGGCUCCUUCAUUUGUUUCGGGACCAGACCACGCGGGUUUUACAUGCACCAGCUCACCGAGCAAGAUGCCUGGUGGGUGGACCAGAGGUGCGUGUGCAACGAUCCGAGCUGGCAGUCGGAAUGGGAGUUGUUCGCUGUCCUUUUGGCAUUUCGUGCAUUUCACAGUUUGUUGAAGGGCGGAGCACACAGAGUUUUCCUUCGUUCCGACAAUGUUUCAACCCUUCUUGCUUCCCUUGAAUUUAAGGCACACAGCCCUGCUUUGAAUAGGAUCGCAGGUGAGCUUGCUCUCGAAAUCGAAUCGCUCGAACUUGCCCCGCUGGAGGGACGUCAUGUUCGAGGAUUGCUCAACACCGAUGCGGACGACCUCUCACGAGGCACUGUGCCUAGGGCACUCAUCGGGGUUGAGCGUUUCUCACUGACUGAGGCAGCGAG